AUGGCCUCUCAUCAUCGCAUCGGAGCUACUCUAUCGACGAUCGUUCCCAACCUUGCAGGAGAAGUCGUGUGCUACUACGGAACAUGGGCCGUGUCGCGUCAGAACGGUGGAGGGUUCGAUAUCAAUAAUAUUAAUCCCGCACUGUGCACGCAGCUCGUCUACGCGUUCUUCGACAUCGGUCCGGACGGUUCGAUUGUCCCCUCGGAUGCAAACGUUGCCAGUGGGCAGUACAAUAUGCUGGCGAAGUUUAGCGAUCUGAAGCAGAGGUAUCCCGCCCUGAAAACGAUAGCCGCCGUCGGAGGUUGGUCUGCGACCGACAACUUCACCCCGAUGGCCACCAAUGCUCAGCGACGUGCAACGUUCGUGCGGAGUGUGAUAGCUUUACUGCAAAAGUAUCGUUUCGACGGUUUGGACGUCGAUUGGGAGUAUCCCACUGAUAAGGGCGUCUUUGUGCAGCUUUUAAGGGAUCUGGCGGCCGCUUUCGCACCGAGCAAGUAUCUGCUAACGGUGGCUGUUGGUGGUACCAGCUUCGAAGCCAUCAAUCGGUACGAUAUUCCGGCCAUUGCGAGCAUCGUCAACUUCAUCAACCUGAUGACGUACGACCUGCAGGGGGAUUAUGGCGUCACUCGACACCAAGCCGCCCUCUACCCGGGAUCGGCCGCACUGGACAAUUCGGACUAUAAGCGUGCGCUGAACGCGGAAGCUGUGAUUACCUAUUGGCUGAGUAAGGGUGCGCCUGCAAGCAAACUCAACUUGGGCAUCCCAUUGUAUGGACGUACCUUCAAGCUGGCCAACCCAAGCGUGAACGGUGUUGGUGCACCGGUUAGUGGUGUCGGCACUAAAGGUCCAAUCACGCAGGAAGCAGGGAUACUCGCCUACUACGAAAUUUGUUCAUCCCCCACGCUGACCCGCAAGCAGUACGACUCGGCACAGGUGGGCGCAUUCGCUUCCGGUGGCGGUGAGUGGGUCAGCUACGAUAGUGUGGAAAGCAUCGGGCAGAAGUGUGACGUGAUUGCAAAGUACGGACUCGGCGGUGGUAUGGUGUGGGCGAUCGACAUGGACGAUUUUGCCGGCAAAUGUGGCUCCAAAUUUCCGCUGAUGACUGCACUGAAUAACUGUGUGAACAGAAAUGGGGGAGUUGCUCCAACUCCUGCUCCAACUCCUGCUCCAACGACAGCACGUCCUGCUACGGCCACGACCGCUCGACAGGUAGUUACCACGACAACCACCAAACCCGUCACACCCGGUUCCGGCGUAUUUGUUUGUCCCCGUGACGGUUACUUCCGCGAUCCGCGCAAUUGCACCAAGUUCUACAGAUGUUAUGACGGUGGUCGACAAGCGUUGUUCGAUUGUCCGAGUGGAUUGUACUUCAACGAAGCUAUCACUGGAUGCGAUUGGCCUUACAAUGUCAAAUGUUAA